AUGGAUUCCGUCUCUCCUGUCACUUUAGACCUCAACAAGGAGGAAGGCCACUGCAGCAACGGUGCCGUCGUCUUCGACACCUCCUUCCUCCGGAGACAAGCUAAGAUACCCGAGUCAUUCGUCUGGCCUCGCAACGACAGGCCUCACCCACUGGAGGAGCUCGAGGUGCCCGUCGUCGACCUCCGAGGACUCUUCGAGGGCGACGAGGCCUCCAUCAGCCGCGCGGCCGAGGCCAGCCGGGCCGCAUGCGUGCGCCACGGAUUCUUCCAAGUGAUCAACCAUAAGGUUGACGCGAAGGUCUCCGGCGACGCCCUUGACGCUGCCGGGGACUUCUUCAAGCUCCCCCUGAGCACCAAACUGAGGGCCCGGAGGCAGCCCGGGAGCGCGUGGGGCUACGUCGGAGCCCACGCCGAUCGCUUCGCCUCCAAGCUGCCGUGGAAGGAGACACUCACGUUCGGCUACGACUACGGCGAGCGCGGGGAUGGUGUCGUGGACUACUUCACGUCGAAGCUCGGGGAAGGAUUCGAGCCGAUGGGGAGGGUGUACCGGAGGUACUGUGAGGCCAUGAAGGAUCUGUCGCUGUCGAUCAUGGAGCUGCUGGGGAUCAGUCUGGGCGUGGGAAGGGAGUACUACAGGCAGUUCUUCGAGGACGGGAGCUCCAUCAUGAGGUGCAACAGCUACCCGCUGUGCCAAGAACCAGAGCUGGCGCUGGGGACGGGGCCUCACUGCGAUCCCACCGCGCUGACGAUUCUGCUGCAAGACCAAGUGGGCGGCCUGCAGGUGUUCACGGAGGGCAAAUGGCAGGCCGUUCGCCCCGUCCGGAGUGCGCUGGUCAUCAACAUCGGCGACACGUUCAUGGCAUUGUCCAACGGGAGGUACAAGAGCUGCCUCCACCGGGCGGUGGUCAACAGCGAGAGGGAGCGGCUGUCUUUGGCCUUCUUCGUGUGCCCGAGAGGCGACAGGGUGGUUCGGCCGCCAAGGGAGCUGCUGCUGCUGCUGGAGGAGGAGGCGGUGCCGAGGGCGUUCCCCGACUUCACUUGGACGGAGCUGCUGGAGUUCACGCAGACCCACUACAGAGCAGACACCACCACGCUCCAAAGCUUCGCCCGCCGCCGGUUCCUCGCCUCCUCACCCUAA